CCCCCGCCCGGCUCUCCGCGCCCCUCCCGGGCGCCGGGGCGGCGGGGCCGUCGGCGUGCGGCCCUCCGUGCGUCUGCACGUGCGCCGAAGCGCGGCUCCGCGUCCGCCGCCUGCGGCGCGCCCCGCGACACCGAGGCCGAGCGGGGGCUGGGGGCUGCCCGCCAUGACCCCCCGGAGCGCGGCGUGAGGGGGCCGAGAUGCGGUGACCUGCCAGCCCCUGCCGCGGCCUGCCUCCUCCAGUCGCCCCAUUUCUGCACGCCCUGGGGGGCCCGCCCCCCCUCCCCCCACUGCUGGGAGCCAUGUCGACCUCCUCGCUGCGGCGCCAGAUGAAGAACAUCGUCCACAACUACUCGGAGGCCGAGAUCAAGGUCCGUGAAGCCACGAGCAAUGACCCCUGGGGCCCGUCCAGCUCCCUCAUGUCUGAGAUCGCUGACCUCACCUACAACGUGGUGGCCUUCUCGGAGAUCAUGAGCAUGAUCUGGAAGCGGCUCAAUGACCACGGCAAGAACUGGCGACACGUGUACAAGGCCAUGACGCUGAUGGAGUACCUCAUCAAGACCGGCUCGGAGCGCGUGUCGCAGCAGUGCAAGGAGAACAUGUACGCCGUGCAGACGCUGAAGGACUUCCAGUACGUGGACCGCGAUGGCAAGGACCAAGGCGUGAACGUGCGCGAGAAGGCCAAGCAGCUGGUGGCCCUGCUGCGCGACGAGGACCGACUGCGGGAGGAGCGCGCCCAUGCGCUCAAGACCAAGGAGAAGCUGGCGCAGACCGCCACGGCCUCCUCAGCCGCCGUGGGCUCGGGGCCCCCGCCCGAGGCAGAGCAGGCCUGGCCGCAGAGCAGCGGGGAGGAGGAGCUGCAGCUCCAGCUGGCUCUGGCCAUGAGCAAGGAGGAGGCCGACCAGCCCCCGUCCUGCGGCCCCGAGGAUGACGUCCAGCUUCAGCUGGCCCUUAGUUUGAGCCGCGAGGAGCACGAUAAGGAGGAGCGAAUCCGGCGUGGGGACGACCUGAGGCUGCAGAUGGCCAUAGAGGAGAGCAAGAGGGAGACGGCUGGCCAGGAGGAGUCAUCCCUCAUGGAUCUUGCUGACGUCUUCACGGCCCCGGCUCCUCCUCCGGCCACGGACCCCUGGGGGGCCCCAGCGCCCAUGGCCGCUGCCAUCCCCACGGCUGCCCCCACCUCAGACCCUUGGGGGGGACCCCCUGUCCCUCCGGCUGCUGAUCCCUGGGGUGGUCCAGCCCCUACACCGGCCUCCGGGGACCCCUGGAGGCCUGCUGCCCCUGCAGGGCCCCCGGUUGACCCUUGGGGUGGGACUCAGGUCCCAGCCGCUGGAGAGGGGUCUGCUCCUGACCCAUGGGGGAGCUCAGAUGGUGGGGUCCCCGUCAGCGGACCCCCGGCCUCUGAUCCCUGGGCACCAGCCCCAGCCUUCUCAGACCCCUGGGGGGGGUCACCUGCCAAGCCCAGUACCAACGGCACCACAGGGGUUGGGGGGUUUGACACGGAGCCCGACGAGUUCUCUGACUUCGACCGACUGCGCACGGCCCUGCCGACCUCCGGGAGCAGCACUGGGGAGCUGGAGCUGCUUGCUGGAGAGGUGCCUGCCCGCAGCCCUGGUGCGUUCGACAUGAGUGGGGUUGGGGGCUCUCUGGCCGAGGCUGUGGGGAGCCCCCCACCUGCCACCCCAACCCCGACCCCACCCACGCGGAAGACGCCUGAGUCAUUCCUGGGGCCUAACGCAGCCCUGGUCGACCUGGACUCGCUGGUGAGCCGGCCGGGCCCCACUCCGCCAGGAGCCAAGGCCUCCAACCCCUUCCUGCCAAGUGGAACCCCGGCCGCUGGCCCCUCCAUCACCAACCCCUUCCAGCCCACACCCCCUGCGACGCUCACCCUGAACCAGCUGCGGCUCAGCCCCGUACCCCCGGUCCCUGGAGCACCACCGACCUACAUCUCUCCCCUUGGUGGGGGCCCUGGCCUGCCCCCCAUGAUGCCCCCGGGACCCCCAGCACCCAACACUAAUCCCUUCCUCCUAUAAUCCAGGGCGGGAGGGGGGCUUCCCCCAUUUCUGCUGCCUGGGCGACCAGUGUUGUGAGUGCAUGUGAAGCGGGGGACCCCUGCCCCCACCCAGUACCCUUCCCCCUCCUGGGGCCCACUCACACUACACCCUCUUCCCACGCCCCCCACCCCACCUCCCUGAGAGAAACUGGACAUGGGGGAUGGGCAGGGUGCUGGCCAGAGGAAGAUCCUUCCCAUGGCAUUAGAAGGGGGAGGGACAGCUGGGGGUCCCCCACCUACUCCCCUUCCCUCCAACUCCUGACUGGCCCCUCAAUCAGUGUUUGAGCCUCCUCGUCCCCUUCCACACCCCUCGGUGAAUCCUUGGUGAUGAUUUUGGCAACUUCGGGAAUAAAUGGCAAUUCUCAUGGGCACGGUG